AUGGAUGGCCGCGAUUUUGCGCCGCCGCCGCAUCUACUGUCGGAGCGCGGGAGCCUGGGCCACCGCAGCGCCGCCGCCGCCGCUCGCCUUGCCCCGGCCGGGCCGGCCACGCAGCCUCCGGCGCACUUCCAGCCCGGGAAAUACUUCCCGUCGCCGCUGCCCAUGGCUUCGCCCACAGCCAGCAGCCGCCUGAUGGGAAAUUCUCCAGCCUCAUCUUUCAUGGGCAGCUUCCUCACCAGCAGCCUGGGCUCAGCUGCCUCUGCGCACCCCAGCGGCCCCACCUCUGCCCCCUCUGAGCAGGCUUACCGUGGCCCCCAGCCGGCCCCCUCCCAGAUCUGGUUCCCCCACUCACAUGAAGCUCCAGGGUACCCCAGAUUUUCAGGGAGUCUGGCAUCCACUUUCCUACCCAUGAGCCACUUGGAUCACCAUGGAAACAGCAAUGUCCUCUACGGGCAGCAUCGUUUCUAUGGAGCCCAAAAAGAUAACUUCUACCUGCGUAACCUACCCCCCCAGCCCACGCUCCUGCCCACCAACCACAGCUUCCCUGGCGUGGCCCGAGCUGCCUCCAGCCACCCCAUCGGCUCCUGCAGCCUCGAGCGGGGCGAGGCCGGCCCCCUGCCAAAGGGUUCCAAGGAGUUUGACCGUUUCCUCAUGGGCAAAGAGCCAGGCAAAGAGAAGGCUGGUAAGGCAGCCGAGGGCAAGGAGCGGCCAGCAGCAGAGGAGGAUGGUGGUAAGGAGCAGCACAGGUUGGUGCCACCCAUGCCAGUCGACGGGCACUGUCCAGACGGUGCUGUGCCCCGGGCGGCCUGCGAGGGCCGGGCCAAGCACCUGGCAGCCUGCCUCCUCAACACCAAGGUACUCAAUGGCGACAUGGGCAAGGCUGCAAUGGCCAGCUGCGUAGGGGGCAUGCUGGUACGGCCCGGUGCGGGCACGGCGGCCCCUGGGCACUGCACCAAGGAGGCAGUGGGCCCCCCGGAGCCAGGGCCGGCCUUCAGUGAGUGCCUGGAGCGGCGGCAGAUGCUGCACCACACCGUGUCCUACACGGUGCCCUCCGGCCUGCCCACCGGGCCGCCCCCGCCCCUCAGCACCGCUGCCAGUUCCUUCCCCUGCCUGCAGCUCCAUGCCGGGCCUGAUGGGCUCUGCCCACUGCAGGACAAAGCCCCCCGGGACCUGAAGGCCAGCGGGCCCACCUUCGUGCCUUCCAUGGGACACCUGGCUGACAAGAGCCGCCCUUUUCAGGCUGCCGAGGCCUGUGCCAUGGCAGGUGAGGGCAAGGACCGGCACCUGGAGGGGGCCACUGAUCACGCCACGCCCUACGGUAUCACCUAUGCCCACCUGAAGGGUGAGAGCAAGGGCGAGCGGCGGCCGGGAGGCUUCGAGGCAGCCCUCAACCCCAGACUCAAGGGCCUGGAGUACCUCAACAGUACAGGCCCUGAGGCCCCUUUCCCCCGCCUCCCGAAAGGUGGCCUGGACAAAGGCGGCUACUUCGAGCUGCCGGCCCCUGUGCAGGAGUGCUCCCACCCAAGUCAUCAGGACCCGCUGGGCAGGAAGAUAGGCCAGGCCUGCUGCACUUUAGAUAAAGCUGCCGGCAAGGAGGCUCCCUCCGGUGCCCCUGGGGCCCAGAAGGUGGCCCGCAUCCGGCACCAGCAGCACUUGGUAGCCCCUGAGGGUGACCCCGGGGGCGGUGGGGCUGAGGGUAAGCGCAAGUCCCUGGAGCUGGCAGCAAUGGGCUACGGCGGGCCCCACCUGCCACCAUGGAGCGUACAGGCUGGCCAGAGCGCCACUAUGGCCAUCAGUGAGGAGCGUAAGAGCAGCACUUACCUGGACCCCUUCGGCGGCAGCCUGCAGCCGUCAGCCCUCCUGUCCCAGGAGCUGCCUGCCCCGCCGGACGAGGUCUCAGCCAUGAAGAACCUGCUCAAGUACAGCAGCCAGGCCCUGGUGGUGGGCCAGAAGGCACCUUUUGUGGGCCUGGGCAGCCUCAAGGCAAGCUGCGUCCAACAGGAAGCCAGGUUCCCAGCCCCCAAGGGCCUGGGUCAGGCCCCGGGUGAGGUGGAGCGGCCAGACUGUGCCCGCAGCCGUGAGCAUGAUGCCCCACAUGGCGACGGGGAGGUGCGGCAGCCGCCCGUGGGUAUCGCUGUGGCCCUGGCCCGGCAGAAGGACACCUUGAGCCGGCCUGAGAAUGCCUACAGCGCCAGUGCUGGGCGGCAGGGCAGGGCAGCCCCUACCUUCAAGGCCAGCGGUGGCCCCCGCUCCAUGCAUGUCCUGGACCUGGAGGCCGAGGAGGAGAGGACACGCCUUUGCGAGGACCGCCUGGGGUUGGCUGGCCGAGAGCUGCUGCUUCAGGAGAACAAGGAGCUGGUGGAGUUUGCCCGGACACACCCAUCAGGCGGCUGCCCCGGAGACCUGGGCCCCCAUCUCAUGAUCACCGGCGGCCCCUCCCUGCAGAACAGCCAGCUGGGUGGGGACCCAGCCCCCCACCCUCACCCUGCACACCCACCCUGGUUGCCCCGCACCCGAAGCCCCUCCUUGUGGAUGGGGGGACAUUCCUACGGCCUCGGGCACCCUGCCCUGCACCCGAACCUGCCCCCUGGCUUCCCUGCCUCCGUGCCCGGCCCCAUGCCCCCCGUCUUCCCCCUCUCCCAGGACACUCCCACGCAGCUUGUCAUCCUGCCCUCGGAGCCCGCACCGCACGCCGCCCCCCACGCACUUGCUGAUGUCAUGGACCAGGCCUCCCUGUGGCCCCCCAUGUACGGGGGCCGGGGCCCUGCCUCCCACAUGCAGCACCCGGGCCAGCUCCCUGUGUACUCACGCUCUCAGUUCCUGCGGCAGCAAGAGCUGUACACCCUGCAGCAACAACAACAGCAGCAGCAGCAGCAGCAACAACAGCAGCCGCAGCAGCACCAGCAGCAGCCGCAGCAGCACCAGCAGCCGCAGCAGCGGGCUGCCCAGGCCCUGGAGCUGCAGGGGCAGGCACAAUUCCAGCGGAAGCCAGAGGACCACCACCUGGAGCCGGAGGAGCCCAGCCCUGACAAGGCCCUGAAGUCCACCCACAAGCCAGUUGCCUUAACCCCCAGCACCAAGGGCGCCUCCCCGCCCACUGCCACGGGCCCCAAGCUCUCUCUGUGCUGCCACUCCCCCAGCCCACAGCCCCCUGCCGCCUGCUCCACCCCGCUGCCCCCGCCACGGCCCAGUGCCCCAUGCACUUUAUCCAUCUGCCCCUCCAUCUGUACGCCCGCCAACAACCCUGGGCCCGGCUCUACAGUGUCAGGAGCCCGAGACAAGAGCUCAGAGGACCAGCGACCUGGGGAAGGCCUCAAGGCCCUGGAAUCAGCCCUGCCCCCUGGAUACCCAUGCCCCCCAGCCUGCGUGGGCUUCUCCUCCCACUCUGCACAGAUGCGUUCUUCUGACCUCGCGGACCCCGAAACUAUGCAAACCGCCACACCCGGGGCCCAGCCCAAGCCGACGAGGACAUUCCCACCCGGGCAGCUGUCCCCCUGCACCCCGGCGAGCCUGGAGGAGCCUGGGCUGCUCUCAGGGGCCAGGGACACCCAGGGCCUUGCCGCCACACCCGACCCCGCUGAGCGGGGACCCGCAGGGAAGGCAGCAGACCCCACCCCACUCGAGGGGCUACAGGAACUGCGACACGGGGCCCUCCUUGAGCGAGGGGGCUCUGAGGCCACUGGCCAGGCUCGUUCUACUCAGGGAGGGGCCCCAGAGGAGAGGACCCCAGAGGGGAGCAGAGAGGAGAGGACUCAAGAGCCCUCGACGGGGACCACCCCCCAGGCCCUGGAGCAGCGGGCGUGGAGCCCGGGUGCCCAGGGUGAAGAUGACGAGGCUGAGCUGGAGGAGGAGGAAGAGAAGGACUCAGAGGAAGAGGACACAGGGGAGGACAGUGGCCACCUGCCCAGGUCGCUGCCCAGCCUGGACACUCUUGUGGCUGCCACCAUCGACCUGGGGGACUUGCCCAGACUCAGCCCACUGGGCCCUCAGCAGCCAGCUGCCCCGGGGCCCCCCAGCUCUGGCCCCCCUCCCCGAAGCUCAGGGAUUCAUGGGAUUGCCCUGCUCAGUGAGUUGGCUGACCUGGAGACCCAGCGGCAGAAGAGUGAGCAUGUCCUAGGAGAUGAGGAGGAGGACGUGCUGGCCUUCAAUUUGCAGCACCUGGCCACGCUGGCCACAGCCUGGUCCUUGGUGGAGGCCGCAGGCCUGGAGAGCCCUGCCCCCACAGCCCCGGCCCCUGCUUCCAACCCCUGCAGCCGACCCAUGCUUACCCCCCGCAUGCAGAUCCUGCAGCGCAAGGACACCUGGACCCCCAAAGCCAAGCCCGUGUGCCCACUCAAGGAGGCCAUCGAGCGGCUGGACACGCAGGAGGUGGAGAUGCGUGUGCAGCUGGCUGAGCUACAGCGGCGUUACAAGGAGAAGCAGCGGGAGCUAGCACGGCUGCAGCGCAGACAUGACCACGAGGCCCUCUGCAGGAGCCAGGGUGGCCAUAGCUCUCUGACUGCCCCUCCCGUGGCCUCCAGGAGAGACGACAGCUCCCGGAGCCCGGCUCGGCGAGGGCCCGGCCGGCCCCGGAAGCGAAAGCACUCCAGCUGUCUGCCCACCCUGCACCCUGGGGGCCAGCUGCCCAGGAGCGAUGGCAAGAAAGUCAAGGCCGUACGAACCAGCUUGAGCCUGCUGUGCGCGGAGCUGCGGGGCACUGGGGAGCCCCCUGAGAAGCGGAGCCGCCUGGACCGGGGCGUGUACGUGGGCCUGCAGGCCACCCCUGCGGAGAAGGUGCAGUGCAAGAGGAACGGCCCACAGGGCAAACUGGCUGCUAAGGUGGCCCACAAAGUGGCCCAGCUAAAGCCAAAGGUCAAGAGCAAGGGACUGUCCACGGGCCUGAGCCCCUUCCGGCGGAAGGAGGCUGCCCCAGCUGGAUGCAUCCGCAAGAAGCUGUCCCGAGCCAAGAGCGCCAAGGUGUCCAGGGCAACCCAGCCCUCACAGCCUGAGGGCAACAGCAGCAGGGACCCGCCCAAGUUCCUGGGCAAGCUGGCGGGGGCCACGGGGCAUGAGGCAGGCAAUGGCUCUGACAGCGAGGAUGACAAGGGCCUCCUGGGGGCCGAGGCACUGCCCAAGGAGCCAGGGCUGGCACUGCACGGGGGGACCGGUGUGGCUGUCCUGGGGCCUUCACCCUCCUCUGUGGUCAAGAUGGAAGCCAACCAGAAGGCCAAGAAGAAGAAGGAGCGUCAGGGCCUGCUCGGGGCCUGCCGCCUGUCCAGCCCCGAGAGCGAGGUCAAGAUCAAGAGGCGGGCAGUGAAGGCCAAGGUGGGUGCCAAGCUAGAGCAGGCCCCGGGGCGGAGGCCACCUGGAGCACCUGGCAAGAAGAAAGCCAAGGGCAAGGCCAAGGGCAGCCUGAGAGCAGAGACAGGGGCCCCCACCACCAGGGAUGCCCUCUUCGGCCCCACCCGGGCCUUCACCUGCCACGAGGAGGGCAGCAAGCUGGCAAGUGAGCGCCUCAAGAGAGCCACACGAAAGAGCUCAGUGCUGCAGCCUGUGCUUCGGCGGAAGAACGGGGCCCUGUCCAUCACCCUGUCACCCCGCAACGCCAAGGCCAUCCUGGGCAAGGGCAGGAAGCUGGGCAAGGUGAAGAGCAAGACUGUUGGCAAGCAGGGCAAGGGCCGGGCGGUGAGCAGGCUGCUGGAGAGCUUCACUGUGGAGGAUGACUUCGAGUUUGAUGACAACAGCAGCUUCUCCGAAGAAGAGGAGGAGGAAGAGGAGGAGGAAGCCAGUGGACCCCUGAGCGCAGAGCAGAGCGCUGCCCUAGCACGCUCUUGCGUCAUUCAUGAAGAGGACCUGCAGGAUGGGCUGCCGGUGCUCAUUCCCAAGGAGGACAGUCUGCUGUACGCGGGCAGUGUCAGGACCCUGCAGCCUCCCGAUAUCUACAGCAUUGUCAUCGAGGGUGAGCGGGGCAACCGGCAGAGGAUCUACUCUCUGGAACAGCUACUGCAGGAGGCGGUCCUAGACGUCCGGCCCCAGUCCAGCCGGUACCUGCCACCUGGCACUCGGGUCUGUGCCUACUGGAGCCAGAAGUCACGUUGUCUGUACCCGGGCAACGUGGUUCGAGGGGCCUCUAGUGACGAGGAGGAGGACCUGGACUCCGUGGUGGUGGAGUUUGACGACGGGGACACUGGCCACAUCGCUGUCUCCAACAUCCGGCUGCUGCCUCCAGACUUCAAGAUCCAGUGCACAGAACCCUCCCCAGCCCUACUGGUGUCCAGCAGCUGCCGGAGAAGCAAGAAAGCUUCCAGUGAGGCCCCCCCACCAAGCGAGACCCCUGCCCCCAGCCUGUCCCCCAAGGUGCAUGAUGGCCCCGAAGUCUCCAAGACCCCUGGGAAGAAAUCCAUUGGCAAAGACAAAGCCGGCAAAGCCGACCUCCUAACCUCAGGUGCCAAACCCCCCACCGGAGCAGCAGAGCACUUCCUGGGCCGCCGGGCCAGCCCCCUACUGAGCUGGUCAGCUGUCUCGCAGACCAAGCGGAAGGCGGCGGCGGCAAAGGGGCCAGGCGCCCUGCAGAACCUCUUCCAGCUCAAUGGCAGCACCAAGAAGCUGCGCACCAGAGAGACACUGUUCCCCGUGCACAGUGUGGCCACACCGGUGUUUGGCAAUGGCUUCCGCGCUGCCUCCUUCAGCAGCUUGGCCAGCUCCUAUGCGCCCUUUGGCGGCGGGGCAGGGCCAGGCCUGCCAGGGGGAGCCCACAAGCUGCUGCGGGCCAAGAAGGCUGAGGCUGAGAAGGGCGGGCGGCGGCGGACAGGCAGCGAGUUCCUGGUCAAGCUGGACCAUGAGGGUGUAACCUCACCCAAGAACAAGACCUGCAAGGCACUGCUAAUGGGUGCCAAGGAGCUGGCACCCAAGCUGGGUCGGCCCCUGCCCACCCCCAGCUACACGCACCCGGCCCUGAUGGGCAAGGACAAGAAAGGGCGGGCGCCCGUUCACCCGCUGCCCAUGGGGCUGGCGCUGCGAAAGUACACGGCGGGCCAGGCCGAGUACCCACUUCCCUGUGACAGUGACUGCCCCAGCUCCUACUCGGACGAGGAUGAGGACGGCCCCGGGCUGGCAGCCAGCGUGCCCUCUCGCUUCCUCACCCGCCUGUCUGUGUCCUCAUCUUCCUCCGGCUCCUCCACCUCUUCGUCCUCAGGCUCCGUCUCCACCUCCAGCCUCUGUUCCUCUGAGAACGAGGACUCAUCCUACAGCUCCGAUGACGAAGACCCAGCCCUGCUGCUGCAGACCUGCCUCACCCACCCCGUGCCCACCCUCCUGGCCCAACCCGACACCCUGCGUGGGGGCGGCCCCCACGCGCACACCCAGCGCUGCUUCCUCUCCCGGGCCUCAGUGGCCGGGGGAGGCGCGGGCGCUGGCCCCAGCGGCAGCAAAUCCAAGCUAAAGCGCAAGGAGGCCCUGAGCUUCCCCAAAGCCAAAGAGCUUUCCCGGAGGCAGCGGCUGCCCUCUGUGGAAAACCGGCCAAAGAUCUCGGCCUUCCUGCCCGCCCGGCAGCUCUGGAAGUGGUCAGGGAACCCCACGCAGAGGCGGGGCAUGAAGGGGAAGGCCAGGAAGCUGUUCUACAAGGCCAUCGUCCGAGGCAAGGAGACCCUGUGCAUAGGAGACUGUGCUGUCUUCCUGUCAGCCGGCCGCCCCAACCUGCCCUACAUCGGCCGCAUCGAGAGCAUGUGGGAGUCAUGGGGCAGCAACAUGGUGGUGAAGGUCAAGUGGUUCUACCACCCCGAGGAGACCAAGCUGGGGAAGCGGCACAGCGACGGCAAGAACGCCCUGUACCAGUCCUGCCACGAGGACGAGAACGACGUGCAGACCAUCUCCCACAAGUGCCAGGUGGUGGGGCGAGAGCAGUACGAACAGAUGACCCGCAGCCGCAGGUACCAGGACCGGCAGGACCUCUACUACCUGGCGGGCACCUAUGACCCCACUACCGGGCGGCUGGUGACCACCGACGGCGUACCCAUCCUGUGCUGACCGAGGCCAGAGCCCACGCUGCCGGUUCCCGCCACUUGGGGCCCAGUGCACCAGGACCCACCAGGUGGCCAGCCCCAUCCGGCCUCUGAGGGGCCAGGCGGAGCAGAUAUGCAAACCCACCGCACGAGAUUCAGGCUUUUUUAUUGCUAUUUUCCCUGUAAAGAGCAAGCUCUUUGGCGUCGGAAUCCAGUCCCAUCCCAUCCGCUUCGGGGGCCAGCUGUGCCCCCGGCGGACCUGCCCUCGCCCGGCCUGCCUGGUCGCGUGGGGCACCCUCUGUCCCUCGCAUUGGCAGUUCUUGAGAGAUUAGAAUCCAAGCCAUAUUUUCCCUAGUACCUCCGACUGUCCCCCACCAGGGAAAGCAGAAAUCAGGUGUAUUGUCUAUUUAUUUCUCUAUGUAAAUAUUGUAUUUCUUUGGGGAAGUUUUAUGAAAAAAAGUGGAAUAGGGUCCCCCCCCCCCCGUGCGUGACGAGGGCAUGUGUGUGCGUGUGUGUAUGUGUGUGUCUGUUGUGUGUGUGUAGGGAUUUUGUUUGGGGGGGGAUUGUUGCUUUGAAAAUCCACUGGGCCGUUUGUGAAAACAAGCAGCUCUGGUCGGGAGCGGCGGCUGAAGUCCAGUCAGAUGGUCCCCGCGGGGAGGGGACAGAACCUCCAGGUCACAUUCUCUCAUCUUUGGGAAGACUUGUAGGAUGGAAGUCACACUUGAGUUUAUUUCCUUUCAAUCCAUCUCCUGGGGAAAGUGUUUGGGGAAGGGGCAGUGUUGAGGACCUCAAGUGGGAAAAGGGGUUCAGGAUGUAAAUGAGCCUUGGGUGGUGUCCCCAUGGCGCUGUAUGAUGGCAGCUGUAUGUAUCUUCUGCUUAAAACAAAACGAACAAAUGUUUUUCAAGCAUCCAUGAGGAAAAGUGAUAUUUUGGUUUUACUUCCUGAAUAUUCCACAUCACUUCUGAGCUCCAUUUCUGUGGCUCGUGUGUUGAGAAGAACAAGGCCAGCCUCUGCUCACAGCAGGGACUGACCCCUUGCCCCACUUCUGCCCCUUCCUCCUGUCCGAACCGACACUGGGGGGCACCUCUUCCUCCCCUGGUGCCCCAGCUUACGUUUCCCCAGCCGCAGGGGUGGGUGUGAAGUGGCAACAGCCUGGGGCUGAUCGACCGGUUCCGGCUGGUUCCCUCAGUCCACCUAGUUUAGGUCUUCACGACCUGCCCCUUUCCCACCCCAAACACCCUCCUGUGUGCCCCAAGGCCUCACUGAACAGCUUAGGGCCUCAACGGCAAGAGGCCAGGCCAGAGGUGCUGAGGCCACGGGGAGAAAGUAAAACUGCAGGCUCACCCAGGCUGCCUUCUGUGCAGGGGAUAGAUAGGCCCUCAUUGCCUUCCUCUCCCCUCCACCUCUACCCUAGCCCCUUGGACCCCUCUACCUGUUUGAGGACCGGCCUCUCAUUCCUGAGGAGGCCACUGGGCCGUUUCUAUGCUGUUUGCGCAGACAGCCUUGCAGGCUAAUGCUUGGGGCGAGGAACAAGGAUCUCUACCCUGGCACCAGGGCAGGCGCACCCCUAGAGACUGUUAGCCCCCCCGCCCACCACCCUAGGUGCACUGCCCCAGUAACCUAGGAAAACUUGUCACCCUUCCCUUCUCCCACAGCCAAAGGGGAUAGGGCAGGCCAGCCCCUGCAGGCCUCGAAACCCAGCAGCUCUUCUCUUUGGAAAUGUGGUCAGAAAUACCUGCACCCCGUGGGUGCCGCAGGAAGUCACCCCAUGUGAGCCACUCUCCCUUAGGACAACCCCUUGUGUGACCCCACAGCCACAGCUUAAGGUCCCCAGGAGACCACAGCUCAGGCUCCUCCCCACGGGCGUGGAGGCGGUGCCCCACACCCCAACCCGGCCUCGGCCCUCUGCUCCCACCCUCUCCUCCCACAGCCAGAACCCCAGCCUAGGUCCUCCCUCCUACGGCUGCUGCCACCCGCCAGUAGACCCUCCUGGGCCCUGACACCCCUGCCGGCAACAUGGGAAGAGCAGGAGUCAUUUUCUUUUGGGGGUUCCCUGCACCCCCACGGCAGUGCUCCCACCCCUAGUGCUCCCUUUGUCCCUGCUCGAGUGCAAUAUUUCAUUCCUGGGGGUGUUCAUGGUUCUGCAUGCUGCUGGGGACAAGGAAGGGCAUGGGGAACAGCAGCUCUCAGUGCCCACGAGGCAGCAGGUCCGUGAACCAAAUGGAUUUCAAACCCCGGGGCCUGGAGUUCAAUCCGGAGCAAAGGGACCUUGUUUGGUCCUCCUGUUGCCAUCUCUUCUUUCGUCUUAUGUUUCCCACUUUCCCUUUUUCUUUUGUCUUCUCUCCCUCCUUCCAUCUCCGUGUGUGUGUGUGUGCAUGUGUGUGUGUGGAUGGCGUGUCCCCCGCCCCUCACUGUGGUCAAAUGUGGCAAAAGCGCGGUUAUUGUACAUGUGUAAGUAAGAUGAUGGUGGGAAUUUUUUUUCAA